AAGGGCUGCAGCUGACAAUGAAACACUCUCAGGAAACUUAAGUCUCCGGUGACAAAUAAGACUCUCAACCAAGACAGGAUGCAUUAUGACCCAGCCACUGAGCCAAAGGGAUAUGGGAGGCAAACAAGCUGAGCUCUAUUGUCUUGGCAUAUGCUUUACAGACAUUUAUAGAAUUUGAGCUGAGAUUGAAAUCACUCAGUUCGUUGUUCCUUCAUGCAGCAAAGAUGGGGAUUCCUCAGCAAGUAUUUUGGCAGCUGCUGAUUUUGGGACUGACAGUUCAGCCCAGUGAAGAGGUGGAAGCUUUGUGUUCUGGGACCACGUGCUACACACUGAAUUUUGGUCGGUUUAGUUGGAUGGAUGCUCAGCAAAAGUGCAAGGACAAUGGGGGUAACCUGAUGACUCUGAAAAGCCAAGAGGAGGCUUUGCUUGUCCCACAGCUGCUCACCAAGAUGCCCAAAGGGGAAGCCGGCACAGUUUCAGAGGUAAGAUUGUGGAUCGGGCUUCACCGAAAGAAAGGCAAGUGCUACGAUAAACAUCGGCCACUGAGGGGCUUCCGCUGGGUGACAGGAGGUGAGGACACCCAGUACUCUAAAUGGGGACAGGAACCCCGGGAAACCUGCUUGUUAAAUAUGUGUGUGGCCCUUCAGGGAGCUCCCUUCUCAUCUCAGGAACUGCCCUGGGUAGACAGCCUCUGUGGCAAUGCAACUGCUGGGUUGUCAGGCUUCUUGUGCAAGUUCAGUUUCCAGGGAAUGUGCCGUCCGCUCAUACUGGCAGGGCCAGGCGUGGUCAGCUACAGCACCCCUUUUGGUGUAGCCACUGAGUUCCUUGUAACUGUACCCUUUGGCUCCACGGCUGAUGUAGCAUGUGAGCCCCAAGGAGAGGAGAUACCUAACAUCUUCCUUGUGUGCAAGCCACAGCCAAACAGCAAUGUCUCUGAAUGGAGCAGCCCAGGUCCGUUUUGUGCUUCGCCCAUUUACGGUUGCAGCUACAGCAAUGGGGGUUGUGAACAUGAGUGCUUGAAUCAAGGCAAGGGUUUGUUUCAAUGUGCAUGCCGCUCAGGAUACCAACUUGGAGGGGAUCAUCUUUCCUGUGUCCCCGUGGACUACUGCAGCUCCAAUCCAUGUCAAGGACAGUGUAAACCAUACCCUGGGGGCUUCCAAUGCCUCUGUGCUUCUGGUUAUAUUCUGGCUGAUGAUGAGCGGAGCUGCAUAGAUGUGAAUGAGUGUGGUGCGCUUCAAAGUCCUUGUGAACAAAUAUGUGUGAAUACCAAGGGGUCCUUCACAUGUCAUUGCAACCUUGGCUAUAUGCCUGCUGAGUCUGACCACCAGGCAUGCCAGGACAUUGAUGAGUGUGCGAGGAACACACCAUGUGACCAGAUUUGUGUAAAUACUCAUGGCUCCUUCCACUGCUCUUGCCAGCCAGGAUACCAGCUGGAAGGUAUUAAUAGCUCUUCUUGUCUAGAUAUUGAUGAGUGUCAGGAAGAACUUUGUGAACAUAUGUGCAUCAAUCAAGUUGGCAGCUACCGGUGCUCUUGUAGGGAUGGCUGGAUUUUGGCACCCAAUGGGAUCUCUUGCCUCUUGGAUCCCACAAGCAGCACCUCUUCAACAUUCAUUCAAGGAGGAGAAUGGAUUCCAACAGAUAUUCAUCCUGCUUCAGAGUUACCAGCCCUGCUGACUGAUCCUCCACUUCAAGCUGAGCUAGAAGGAUCCCAGGAUUACACCCUUCAGCCAGCUGUGGUCAGCAGUGCACUUGAGGACAAACCCCAUAUCAGAGAUGAGAGGAUAGAUAAGAACAGUCAUGGCUCCAAGCAAUUUUUAUAUCUUAUCUUGGGCGGUGUGGGUGUUUUAUUCCUGGUGUCUUUUGCCCUAGCUUGGGUCAUCUACAGAAAAAUAAAAGCCAAGGAGGUCAAGAAAAAUUCUAAGAAUGUCACGGAUAAUUACUCUUGGGUAAAAGACCAAGGAGAGAGCAGGGCAGCAGGAAGCAAGGAGGGUUUGUACUGCAGCAGCAACCACAGAGAACAUGCCAGAACCGAGCAAAUGCCUCAGCCAGGAAAGCGCUAUAAAUGCUGGGGCCGCCUGAACGGGAAGCGACGACGGGGCACCCCAGUUUCACUCGAAGAGCGCUCGCCGUCAUCGCCCGCUAACAUGUGGUUCCUCCUAGUGGCGAUGGGCAGCCUGAGAGCGGGGCUGGCGUCGCCCGUACCGUCUCCGGCGCCGAUCCCUUUAGGCGCGCAGUGCCUGGGCUCCGCCUGCUUCGGUUUAUUCGGCACUUCCCGGAGUUUCGCCGAGGCGGGCGGCGUGUGCGAGGAAGGCGGCGGACACCUCAUGACGGUCCGCUCCACGGUGGCGGCCGAGGCCAUAGCGCUGCUAUUGCUGCGCGACCUCCCCGGCAGCGCCUGGCUAGGUUUGCGCCUGCCCGAGAACCGCUGCGUCGAGCCGGCGAAACGCCUGCGGGGAUUUCAGUGGGUCACCGGCGACGAGUGGACGGACUUCGACGCUUGGGCGAGCAACGGGUCCGACCCAAAAGUGCCCACCUGCGGCCCCACGUGCGUGGCGGUGACUCGCCAACUGAAGUGGCAGGAGCGCGCCUGCAACGCCUCCGCCGAAGCCGUCCUCUGCGAGUACAGCUAUCCGAACGGGACCUGCGGGCCCCUGACGGACGCCUUCGCGGUCACUUACCUCACGCCCUUCGGCGCCCGGGAGAGCGAUCUGGUGGCCUCUCCGCCGGGCACUACGGCGGAGUUGGCGAGCUUGGGCGCCCUCCUGGAGUGUCGCGCGCAGGGCAGCAACGGGACUUUCCAGUGGGGUUCAGCCGCGCCCGGCGCCUGGGAUUGCCAGUUGCAAAAUGGGGGCUGUGCCGACCAGUGUCAUUUGGACGAGCAAGGGAGACCCUACUGCGCUUGCCUGGAAGACAAGAGGUUGUCGGAGGACCAACGGAGCUGUUGGUACCCCUGUGCCAGUUUAGGAUGCCAGCAGCACUGUGCGCCUCAGGGUGACUCUGGAGUCUGCAUGUGCUUUGAGGGUUAUAAGCUGGAUUCCGAUGGCAAGAGCUGCUUGGACAUCGAUGACUGUCAGGCCACACCAGGGCUUUGUGAACAGGAGUGCAUUAACACCCAGGGCGCAUUUGAGUGCCGCUGCUGGCAAGGCUACAGUCUGAUGAAGGACAAAUGCCUUCCAGACAAAUGGGCGUGCUUUGAUUUAACGUGUGAACAUGAGUGCAACAUUGUUAAUGGAGAGCAUAAAUGCACAUGUUUUGAGGGAUAUACUCCAGACCCCAAAAGUCCUCAUAAGUGUCUCCUAGUCUGUGACCAGGAUGAAUGCCCUGCACAGUGUGACCCACACACUCUAGAUCUAUGCUAUUGUCCGGAAAACUUUAUCUUGGAUGUGAAAAUAGAUGGUGUGAAAGUAUGCAUAGACAUCAACGAGUGUGAGUCUGAAUUCUGUGGUUCCCUGGAGUGCAUAAAUACACCUGGCAGUUACAGCUGCAUCUGUCCCGAUGGACGUAUUCAAGAAGCCGACAGCUUCUGUGAGCCGCCAUCAGAAGAACCAGAGGAGUUUUCAGGUCAAACUGAAAUUUAUCCCAAAUCAACUGUUCCUCCUUCCUUUGCCCCACCAAAGGAUGGCAGGAGUCAAGGGACAUUGGUUGCAAUCAUUGUUAGCGUCACCCUUACGGUUGUGAUGUUGGUAGUUAUUAUCUGCUACCUGGUGAAGAAACGCUAUGCUGCACAAAGCAUAUCGGACUACAAAUCUCAGCAGUCUCAAAGUGGUGUGGCACUUCAGCAUGUUAGUCCAACGUGUGACUCUUCCAGACAGAAAAUAUAGGAAACAUUCAUUUUGGAAGGAGAAAAGAGACAGUAAUUUUAAAAACUGCAAAGAAUUGUUUAUGAAUUUUUUUUUGGGGGGGGGGAGUCCUAUGCAGAUGCUGUUUAAUUCAUAACUGCCUGCAUGAACUCUGAAGUAAUAUUUUUCUUUCAUUUCCUGAGAGUUAAUUGUCAUGCCAUGAGAGCAAUGUUAGUAUUUGACACUGACUUAUAAUGUGAAUCCCAUGUGUGCACAGAAAUGGAGUUUGGGAUGCAUUUAUGUAGGACUUCAGUUCUACUACUACUUUUUUCCAAAUUCAACAUGAUUGGUCUGUUCUUUUUGUAUAGACGUAACGCUGCCUGUGUUGAAGAUCAAGAUCAAAUGAACUGGGAGGGAUAUUAAACUUCUACAAGUAUUUUGUCUGGGAGCUUCCACUGUUAUAUAUAUAUUUCUAAUUCACAGCUUUCACCUUGUUAACAUUACUGGACAACAAUUCUAUGUAACAGUCUUGACAUAGUCUCUGUGAACAUUGAAGGAGUUAGCUAUCUGCCCAUGCCAAAUUAUCCAUUUAAGUUUAACUACUAUGCAGCCCCAUUCUCCUCCUGUCCCCCCCCCCUUUUUUUAUAAAUUUUUUGGUUACAGAUUUUGGCUUGGGAGAAUUUAGCUUUUCAUUAGGCAUUCAGUUCGUAAUACAAACUUUCUGUGUUCUCAAAGUAGUUUUGAGUACUUGCUGCUAUAAGCACAACUACUUUAUUGCGAUGUUGUUCCUUUUUUCCAUGUGUGACUUUCCUUUUUCUUCAUCUCAUUUUCAGCUUAUUCUAUUUGUUUCACAGUGGAUUUCUCGUAAUUGAAAAAUAUGCGACAUACCAGUUUGCACUUUGGACACUUUUAUUUAACUGGAUUAAAUUCCUUUCUUUCAUGUUUUGUUUUAAUAUAAAAUGUUCACCAGUUUUAAAGGAAGCCUUUCAGAUUUUCAGUACUGUAUUGGAAAGAGUUGGAGAAUGACAUUUGAAUGCCUUCAUUUGAGAGACUUUCAUUUUUAUUUAAGACAAUAAGCAUGAUAAAAAGGACUUUAAACAUUGUCAAGCAAAUUUUAUCUAAU